GGGAACACCACAGAGGGAUCCCAUGUUACCUUUAGAUUAAGGACUAAAUUGCAUGGAAAUACAGAUUUACAAACCCAAAAGAUCGACAGAGAAAGAAGGGUGCAUGGGAAAAAAACCGACGGAAGAGAUAAAGGGAGACAGACAGCUUCAGGAAUAACAUUUCUAGUCGUGCUGCUUGUUCGCCAUAAAUAAAUUCACAGACCUCUCAGUCUACAACCUGUUUACGGUCUUUUGGACCCUGGACAACGGGAGCAGGUGAAGAUACGGAAGAAAGGAUGCUAUAACAGAAAAGAAAGGGAUAGACUGUUAAUGGAGUGAGUGCAUGAAGAUUAAAGAAACAGAGAGAGAGGUGUUUCCCCGCUGCUCGUCUCGCUUGGAAGGAUAGACUGUUUCGUUUAGGGAAUAAAAGUAGCCUAAUUGGUUAACACGAGCUUUGUCAAAUCAUAGAAAUGCUUAUUUAUUACGGCGAAAAUUAUAUGUAACAGUACACCCAUGCCUUAAACGGGAGUAUUUGAGGUGCAAGGGUAGCAGAGGUCAAACAAGGCGAUAAAAUAAAUAUAUAUUAAUAAAACUAGUCUUUUAUAUCACUUAAGGAACUGCGCGCGACUACGCAGUAUAGCACCUUUUGAACUGGCAAUUCUUACAUUAUUCAUUAACUGUUGCCAUUAUAUACAAUACAAAAUCUUAUGUUUAAAGCUAGCCUACAUUCAUUCGGACCCCGCGCCAAGAGGAUCCCUCCAUUCAGUCAGAAAACCCUAAAUUUCACGUAUAGAGUUUUUGUGCAGUUUGUGUGUUCAUGUGCGUGUGUUCAGUAACACGCACACUGCACGCACGCGAACAGAGCCUGACCCAAAGCGAGCUCCUCCUCCCCCCCUCCCCUCUCGGUUCUCUCUCCUCCUCUCCCUCCCCCUGCUCCUCUAUGCUCAGUUCGGUGUGUGUCUCCUCUUUCAAAGGGCGCAAGGGUGGAAACAAGUCGUCCAACAAAGCAUGUUACAGCGCAGACAUGACUUGUCCUUCAGACAGCGAGAAAAUAGUGAUAAACUGCGGGGGGGUUCGGCACGAGACGUACCGCAGCACACUGAAGACGCUGCCUGGGACCCGCUUGUCCUGGCUCACGGAGCCAGAUGCGUUCAGUAACUUUGACUAUGACCCCAAAUCUGACGAGUUUUUCUUUGACCGUCACCCUGCCACCUUUGCUUUCAUCCUCAACUACUACCGCACUGGGAAGUUGCAUUGUCCCAACGAUGUGUGCGGUCCUCUCUUCGAGGAGGAGCUCGCGUUCUGGGGUAUCGAUGAGACGGACGUGGAGGCUUGCUGCUGGAUGAACUACCGACAGCAUCGGGACGCAGAGGAAGCGCUGGACAGCUUCGAGACGCCCGAGCCGGACCUGCCAGAGGACGACCCGGCGCUAACGGGCGGUGCGGACGGGGACUUGAAGAGGUUGUGCCUACAGGAGGAUGGUCGCAACACCAGCAGGUGGAGUAUCUGGCGACCCCGCAUGUGGGCGCUGUUUGAGGACCCCUACUCCUCGAAAUACGCCAGGUAUGUGGCGUUCGGCUCGCUCCUGUUCAUCCUCAUCUCCAUCUCAACUUUUUGCUUGGAGACACAUGAGGCCUUCAACACCAUCUACAAUAAGACAGAGAACGUGACAGUGGGGAACGUCACGCGGGAGGAGAUUGUGUAUGAGGUAGUGACGGACAACUGGCUGACCUACGUGGAGGGCGUAUGCGUCAUCUGGUUCACCAUCGAGGUGUUCGCCCGUGUCAUCUUCUGCCCGGACAAGGCCGAGUUCUUCAAGAGCUCGCUGAACAUCAUUGACUUUGUAGCCAUCCUGCCCUUUUACCUGGAGGUGGCGUUGAGCGGCCUCUCCUCUAAAGCGGCGAAAGACGUGCUGGGCUUUUUGCGCGUGGUGCGAUUCGUCCGAAUCCUGCGAAUCUUCAAGCUAACUCGGCAUUUCGUGGGGCUGAGAGUGCUUGGUCACACGCUCCGCGCCAGCACCAAUGAAUUCUUGCUCCUUAUCAUCUUCCUCGCUCUCGGAGUGCUCAUCUUCGCCACUAUGAUCUACUACGCCGAGCGCAUCGGCGCCGACCCUGCUGACCCCACGGCGAGCGCCCACACCACCUUCAAAAACAUCCCCAUCGGCUUCUGGUGGGCCGUGGUCACCAUGACAACGCUGGGCUAUGGUGACAUGUAUCCCGAAACAUGGUCUGGUAUGUUGGUGGGUGCCCUGUGCGCCCUGGCAGGCGUGCUGACCAUCGCCAUGCCUGUGCCCGUCAUUGUAAAUAACUUCGGCAUGUACUACUCUCUGGCCAUGGCCAAGCAGAAGCUGCCCAAGAAAAAGAACAAGCACAUCCCGCGGGCUCCGCAGCCUGGAUCGCCCAACUACUGUAAGCCAGAUGCCCUGGCAAUGGCCACUGCCUCACCGCACAGGAUCAUGGGUAAUGUGCUGGGCGGUAUGGUGGGCUCUGGAAGCAUGGCAGGAGACUGUCCUCUUGCACAGGAGGAAAUCAUAGAGAUUAACAGAGCAGACUCAAAGCAGAAUGGGGACGCUGCAAACGCAGCUCUGGCCAAUGAGGACUGUCCCACUAUAGAUCAGGUGCUGGGGCCAGAUGACAGGAGUCCAGCCACUGGUGGGUUGGGGACAGGCACGGGCCGUGAACGCUACCCCCACGAUAGGGCCUGCUUCCUUCUUAGUACCGGAGAGUUCCGCACCACAGACAGCAAUGUCAGGAAAGCUGCUGGCUACGAGAAGUCCCGCAGCCUGAAUAAUAUUUCGGGGAUGACAGGGGCCCCCCUGCGCCUAACGCCCAUCACCCCCAUCAACAACUCACCCUACGAACCCUACGAGUCCCCCGGCCCUCUGCGGCGCUGCCGAUCCCCAAUACCCUCCAUCCUGUAGCACAUCUUAGGGAAAGGCAACGAAAUAAACAAAAAAGACCCUCGCGCACCGUCAUACCGCAGUAGUAUUAAUAAUCAUGAGAACGACGCUAAGUACUCACACCUCCGCUCCUCCAUUGACUGGACAGGGUGGGGGUACACACCACUCUUUUUAAUAUGUCGUGCCUCAAAGGGAAUGGGAUACAUUUAUUUAGGGAUUUAGAGCUUUAAGUAGGCUACUAAAACAACUUCAUCACGUAUACUUCAGGCAAUAUUUCAGACAGGCAACUAAAAACAAUUAUGUGCUGUAACGUUCAGCGGAUUAUGCCUUAUUAUUGAAGAUGAAAAAUAAAUAAAAAGAAGCACUGAAUAUUAAUAUAUUAGGAUAAAACUCCUCACUGGUCCAUAGGCAGCGAGGAGUACCCUGUAGGAAAUCUUUCCCUGUAGUUGAAUGACUGUAGUUCUAGGCUUUCCCCACUCGUACCUGCCUGAUUGCUGGUUGUAUAAAAAAAAAAAACGAGACUGUGAUCCAGCUGGCUUAUUCAUUGAGUGCUAGUCGUCGCUGAGAUCAGCUUUGAUACACCAUUAUAGGCCUUGAAAAAUUCACCUCAUAUCAAAGCUUGGAAUGAUAAAGGUCAUAGGUCACAGACAACAUGCACGUAGUUCAAGUGCAUGCAAGAAAAGAUGUCCAUUAGGCAAGUAGAAUAUAUCUAAACUCCCGAUUCCCUUUAACUGCUAUGAAGAUUUGAAAACGACUGAUUUGAACUCACGAGUAAGCUCUGCAGAAGAGAAUUAACGGAUCGGAUCGUUUUGGCUGAUUUGAUUGUGAUGAGGGGGUUUUUGGUGAUUUAGGCCAUGAGUAUUAUGAUUAUAACACAAUUAUUCACAUACAGAGUAUUUCCUACAGCAACAUUUGUUGUCACUCAAUAUUUGAAAAUAUAAUUUACACCGUUAUUAAUAUUAGGACAAAGAAAAAUGCUUAAACCAUUCUUGUGCGAUAUCAACUAUUAUGAUGAGCGCUGACCCUGAGGAGCUGACGAUGAACCCUUCAAACUUUACUAUGUACAACCAUUAACUUUAACAGAGAGACCGAGAACUGAUCAUUACAACAACAACAACAAAAAAAAAGAGGCUAUUUUUGUACUAAGCACUUGGACAUUGCGAUUCGGAUUGGGGAUUGGAGUUGCGCGGGCGGCUUUGAGUUGACAUUUUGGGAGGACAGGAUAUCGUGCUGUUGCAUGGAGAUCUACAAUUAAUGUGUUGGUUUUUGUAUUUUGACUCUAUACAUAUUCAACACCAAGAACCACGAAUCGAAAACAGCAGUGGUCUGGACACAUGGCAAAAAAAUAAAUAAAUAAGAAGUAGCCAUCCUAUUAAGGGCCUGCAACCUUCUGCACUUCUUCGGGACCCUGUCCAAUUUGUAUACUUGUGCAUGAAGGAACUUCCUUUAAAAUAUAUCCUUUCCUAUGAUACUUCCUCAUAAAUAUGAAGACAUAUCAAGCUGAACUGCACUCCUCACUGCAUAUUCACAAUCCCUGGGGCUGUGGCGAACCUCAAAGUUUCCCUACUAAGGGCAAGAAUUAGCUGGACCUUUUCAUCCUCAGCAUCACCAUCAUUCGCAUCACCCUCCCUCAUUAUAAAUCAUUUUCUGAUUACUGUUAUUCCUAUUAUUUGAAUGCAGUAUUUGAAUCAGUUCAGUUUGUUUUCUCUUUGGUCCUCUUCUUUUCUUUCUCUGUUUAUAUAUAUUUUUUGCCUGCUCUGUCUCUUGGAUGCUGACCUUCAUUCCAAUAUAAUGGAGGGAACAUUGAAUGGAUGCUGGAUUGACAGCGGUCAGUAAGAGAAGAAAAAGAAAAGAUGACAAAAUGAACUCUGUAAUGCAGAUAUAUGAGCCAUAUGUUCCACUGUGUGGGGAUUUGUGUGGAUCUGCUGCAUCUUUGAGUGCACAGACGCAAAACACACCUCUGGUGAAGAUAUCUCUGCAAUGGCAGCUCACAAAGCUUCUUCUUGUCUUUCUCUCCAUGUGAAACAACAGGAAACCUGGGAUAUAAGUGCCACGUUUUAGCAGAAAGCAAAGUAGCAUUAUUUACUUAUUUUAGAUGAUUUUAUUGCCUUGCAACCUUUUUGAUUGUUUUACAGUUCAUAUGCAAUCCUUCUCAAUUAAUCAGUAUAAGUUUUUCUUUUGUUUUCAUGUGUUUUUGCUACUGUCACAUUACCUGUUACACUCCUUUUCCCCUCCUCUCUUCUUUUUUGGUUAAAGACGUUCACUUCUAUAGUGAAGAAAAUCAUGGAGGUUGUUGAUUACAUGGAGCGUCUGCAUGGCAGCAGCAAACUAAUGUGUGGCUCUGUGCUUGAAUGAGUAAAACACCAAUCAUUAGUCGUCUGCAUGUGCGCUGCAGCUGCACUGCUUCAUGUACAUGCUUCAUAUACAUUGAAGGUCUCAGGACAGUGAGUGAGGGCCAUCUGCUGGAUGGAUGUGACACCACAUGUGUGCUUGUGUAACUGGAGUGUUCAGUUAGACAUUUAACGUGUAGAUGUCAAGGGUUUUCUUUUAUUAUUGAACCAACAGGUCAUCCAGCCGUACAACGGCCAAAUGCAGUAACUACACCACACAGUUUUCAUAGUGGAGCCAAAGCAUUAUAAUCCAAGAGAUCUGAUUUUGCUUAUAACUCAAUUUUGAAAAUAUGCAUUAACUGCAUUUUGUCUUUGCACAGCAGGAUUGUUUGAGGCAGGUUGUCUAACAUAGAUUUUUUUUUAAUUCUUUGAAAAGGUGUCUAUUAAAAAAUGUAUGUUACAAGGUGCCUUGUAAAACAAGCAAGUGUGCAUUAUGUAUUACCUUAAAUUUAGACAAAUGACCUGGUAUGUUUAGAAGGAGAGAAAGAGGGACACUAAAUCCCUGUAUGAUUCAGGUCCAGCCAAAACACUGUUUAAUUUAUCAUCUCUUAUGUCUCUUCCAUGUCCCUCUCCUCUUCAUCUCUCUUUUUUUGCCUUUGUGUUUUAAUGCUUUUUAUGAGGUUGUAUAGUUCAGGUCUUAAUGAAAUGUACAGUUUUGAAGUUUGACUUUGUAAUUUCCACAUGCAUGGAUUUCUAUUGCGAGCAAUAAGGAAAUUCUAAGUCUAUAUAUCUGUUUUGAUAAGAAAAUGUAUUUUAACAAUGAGGUUUAUGUAUAUGUUUGUGUGUACAUAUGGAUGUGUAUAUUCAUAUUCAUGUGCACAUGCAUAUUAAUGAUCUGCAUGAAACAAAUGUACAAACUAUUUUUUUUUCAUUGCUGUUUUGUUACCAAUCUGUCAUUUUUGACUUGAUUGCUGUGGGUGGGGGGUGGUGCGGGGCGUGGCUUAGUUUUGCAUGCCAAGAUGCUAUUGGGUGGCAGAGACCAUUACAACUGUUGUAUUGAAUAUGGGGUUUUGAAUGUGCUUUAACUAUGUACGUUUGAUUUAAUUUUAUUUUCUGUGUUAGACAUCAAAAGCAUUGCAGAUGGUCAUUUUAUGAUUUAUUCUUUUUCAUCUUUUCACAGAGAACUAUUCUGAAAGCCCUGUGCUUAUCAGAUAUAUGCAAAAAGAAGCAGUAACUGUGAACUAAGACUAGAACAGAAAAUCCACUUCUUCCUUUAUAAAAACAUUCCCAUACGAACAUCUGAGCCCCUGAACCAGUAUCAGCUCCUGUGCAACUCCAUUUUAGUUUGUAUUCUCAUCUCAUGACAUCAUCAAUCUUGUUUAAUCGUCUUAGUUUUGCAUUUUUAAUGAGGAAAUCGGUUGUUCUGUUUCCACUUGCUGUUGUGUUAACCUCAGCUCUAGCCCCCUCUGCUGGUUUUUCGAGGGAUGAACUGACGUACGUAGCAUUCGGUGUUGUAGCUCAUUAGCACUCUUUGGUCACUUUAGAGGCUAAGAACACUGAUUUUUAGCCCUUAAUGUUUACCUGUUAAAUAUACGAUUAAAGAAAGAGACAUUAGACAUUUUUAGCAGACACUGACCAGAAGGAUUUCCCGUUCUCUCUUGUUUGUUGACAACUAAAAUCACUAGACAAUAACGCUGAUCAGAGCAGAGAAGAUGCUAAUAGUCUGCUCACAACAGCAAUGCAUGUUUCCACAUAUACAAGAUAGCUAGCACUUAGCAUCCUAGUGCAUUUUGUGGUUUUGCUGUGUGUUGUCUAUCUAAAGCAUAAGCAGGGUGUAUGGAAGAGCUCCACUCAUAUCCCUUUAUCUCAAUCCUGAAGUUAUGAUGUGGAAGAGACAGGCCUGCCACAAGUUAGCUUAGUUAGCAAAUGCAGAGGCUGCAUGCAAUCACGGAGGGCAAUGUAAAUAAUUCUCUUGUACAGAGACUGCAUGUGGAGUUUGAGAGAGCACAGAAACUAUUGUUUGACUAUUGUUGAAUGUGGCAUUUGAAACGGGGAGAGCAGGUUGAGUUCAAAUGAUUUAGCGAUAUUACCCAGUAUCCUCUCUGUCUCUGUCAGACUUACGCUCCCCUGUCACUACUCAGGUAAAUCUCUUUUUGUUUGUCUAUACCAGUGCUUCCAAAAUGAUGUCAUUCAAAACAGAGAGAGAUGGAUAAGUUACGAACACCACGUGUACACAUGCAUCUGUGUAAAUAUGAAAUCAUUUUUGACCCCAACACUCAUUGCAAGUCUUCCUUUUCCACAGUGUCCUUAUCUUCGUUUAUUUUGCCAUUUCAUCGUUCGCUUUCAUUUAUUCCCAACUACGAACUCUUACUGCUUCCAAAUAACAACCAAAAAAGUCCAGAUGACAUUAUGAGAAACUGAGGAAAAAUAAUCAGUGAUUUGUUUAAAAAAAAAAAGAAAAAAAAAAAAGAACUUUUCAAACACGGUCUGCCAUAAGUGGAUUACAAAAAAAAACUAUGUGGAAUCAGGACACAACCAAAAUCAGGACAUGAAAGCAUGAGGGUCAGAUGGACAGAUUGUGUGUUUGGGGAACAGAGUAUUGGGAGGAUUGUCAACAAAUGAAGAAAGGCAUCGUGAAAUGGAGGACAGUUUGAGGAAGAAAGAAAAAAAGUCAAAGAGAGGAGGAAGGGAGCUGAACGCUUCUCAGUUGCUGAGCUUCUGAACUGCCCCUUUUCCGAUCUCCCCAACUGCAAAACCUGUCCAGAGGCAACCCCCAGGGUCACUGCAGGAAAUAGAGAUGGCGAAAGAGAGAAAACGAGAGAUGAAAGGAGUGCUGCGCUAAUCCCACUUGAAGAAAACAUUGUAAUGCUCAUCUCUCCAUUCCUAAUUUUAAGCCCCAACAUAGGCGCAAUAAACAUAAGAUGUCACGUCCUGGGAGGAUGUUGAACACAUUUUCUUCCUACAAGGAUCAAAAGGGUGGGAGUCCGCAUACAAACUGUAGUAUGUCCUGGCAAGACCCUUCCUGGUGGAAAUGGAUGCAAUUUUAAAGUAACGAGAACUAUUUUUGUGGGGCGUUCCACCCAGUUAAAUGCACCUGAAAGUGGACAACAAAACCCUCAAUCCAGUCUCAGAUACAAAUAAUGUGUGGAAAAAUACCCAUCAUGCUAUUCAACGCUAUGCAAUUCAACCACACAUUCACAGGCAAGUUCAACAAGCACUUCGAACGAACAGUUUUAUCAGCCAAACUUUUUCCACUCCUUUAACUUUUGGGAGAUCUUGCACGUGCUUUAAAUGAAAAUAGACAGCGGUGUCAUCGGCCUGCCAUAUUCCUAUAUCGUGCGAACAGUUUCCCAUUCAUCUAAUUGGAAAAUUUUGUUCAGAGUGUCCUUCUCAGGGCCCACGGAAAGGUGACUUUGUCCACAAUGAAGAAAAGAGCGUCAGCCUCUCUCUUUUCUCUCUCUCUUAGUUCAGCUCUCUGCAUCUCAGCAUUUCUGUUCCACUGUAGAUGAUCUGCAUGGCAUGAAUGAGAAAAAAAAAAAAACAUCAAAAAACAAAACAGAGAGGAAGAUGGUAGAGAUCGUGCUGAGAGGUGCAAGAGGAAACCGAAGACAGGGCCGCUCUGUUUGCACAGUACAAUAUGGGUGACUCUGGACAAGUGGAUGGGGUCACGGAUGAAAACGCAGGUCCUUAAACUUCAAGUGGAGAACACAAAAUACAACAUAAGUGCAUGACACCUAAUGAAGGACAAAGGGGGUUUUAAGAGGACUGGAUGAACUAUGACAAAAGCUGAAAAAAAGAGAAAAUUAAAAAUGCAUUUUUCUCACUUUGUUUACCAGCAUGACUAAACUGCAUGACUUCUGCAAGCCCUGAACCCCAAAUUAGAGGGCUUGGAAUCACUAAACACCGAAAUCAAAUGGAAACAAUAAAAGUUUAUGCUAAAUGCUACUAAAUUUAGAGAAAAAAAAAGAAUAUAUUUAAAAAAAAGAGAGGCUCUAUUUUUCUUUUAAUAAAAAAGAGUAAUGUAAAAAUAUAUAGGAUUGCAAGAUUCACACAGUUUUGUUGGAUAAAAGAAAAACAAACCCCACUGAGUCUAGCUGAAUGAUGAGACAAACUCCUUCAACUACUACUGCUCCCUCCAUGGCUUCAAGUGACAUUUCUUUCCUUCUCUUUCUCCACCGUUUUACCCUUUACUUGAACUCUCCUGGCUCUCUGCUCUGCCCUUCACGGUCUCCCUCAGUCAUGGCAGCCUCCAGCAGUGGCACGAAAGCUCCUCUGGAGACCUCCGACACCUACAGGGCUCUUUUCCUUUGACGGUUAUGGGUCUGAAGAGCAAGGUGGAAGGGGAUUUUAAGGCUGUGGGUGAAGUUUUCUUUUUAUGUUGAGUCCUGAUGGAAAGUUUUGAGUUGUUUUGCCAUGUUUGUUCUUUUUAUUUCAUCCACACGCUGUGGGUAAAAUCGAAGCUUUAUCCAUCGUUAGCAUUAUGUGCUGUGUCUUGAGACCCUGAGCACUUACAUCGCAAAGCACUAUUGUCCAAUCACGAAGCCAUAACGUGAGAGUAGCGCCACUGUCCGAGCGAAGGUGCUCAGCAGGAGAACAUGCUAUCUUGGUUUUGUUAAAGAUGUUGACAUUAGCAUUCAUUCGAUCCAUCAUUUAUUCUCUGAAUUAUUUUGGGUGGUACAGAGCUUUGCAAGGUUUUGACAAGAUUUUUAUUUUAUUUUUUUCUGGAUUACUAGAUUUUAUUACAAAGUUUCAAAAAAUGAUUACAAAUGCUGAGCACCCACUAAAACCAGCCAUGCAACACCAAAAUGGACUUCCUUAUUAACUACUAUUAUUAACAUAUUUCUGAUAUUAGUAUUAUCCUGCGUGAGAGGAGGUCAUGAUUCCACCAGUAUGUUUGACUGUUUGCUCAGACCUUUUCUUGUCUUUGUUUCACCAACAAGAUCUGAACCACCUUUUUUCAAAAGUGGAAGUUCUUGUUGAAGUCUGGUUAUAGGUGUUGUUUUAUGUCACUUAAAGCAUCGUUUGUUGUCUUAAAAUCCCAUGACUGUGUUCUUUCAGCAUUCAUCGUUCAGAAUCUGAUGUAAGCUUAGUUUAGUAACUACCUAUGCAACACCUAAGCAAGACCUUAGCAGCUCACAAACACUCACACACACACACACACACAUAUGCCAUGUGCUCAGGCCAGCUGGCUGGUGUCUGUUUACCGGUGCUGUGUGUCCAGGGAGGGAAAACGACACAGAUGCAGCUCCAUCACCACAAGAGCCAGCGUUAUCUGCUGAGCGUGUAGUGUUACUUCAAACGUUAGCAGCUGGCCCAAGUAGCUUGAAGGUGCGACAGAUGUGUGCAGCUGUAGUAGCCAUGUCGCUUUCUUUAGUGGUGCACUGAAUUCCCUUUCCUUCUCUGUCAAUAUGUAAGGUCUGUGUAACGUCUUCUACAAUGUCUCUCCUGCAUGCUUCAGGGUACAGGAAGACACUCGUGCACUUUUCGAGUUCGCAUACACAUUUAUCUGUAAUCAUAUACUCAUCUCAGAGGGUAUGUAGGAUAUAUAUGUAACCAGAACUUAUUUUAUAUAUGGUACUCAGUUCUAAAUUGCAUCUCACAGGCAUUUGCUGACUGGUUAAGUUAAUGUGUACCUCUCUGGUCCUUCAUGAAGUCAAAUGGGAUGGUGUUUUGGAGCAAUAAUGAUGGAGGUCCACCUUUUUCUCAUUGUCGUCAUUAGGAAUUGGGGGGACACGUUCAUCUCAUCCCUAAUAGGAAACCCAGUGUGCCUGAAACUGUUCCCUGAAUGUGUAGAUAAACAGCCACAUCAAUUGAAGACGCUCUCUCUCUGCAAAAGCUUCCCGUGAGGGCUUGUCUUAGCGUGAAUGAGAUCACACAACCCCUCCAGAUGGCUGACAGCUCACAUACCUUUACUUGAAACCCAAAUACAAAACAUAUCAGAGAGGAGCAGAACAAAGCCAGAAUCAGUCUCCACGCUUUCUCAACUUCCUGUUUGCAUCCCCUCCCACUCUCUCAUCUGUUCCCUCUCCUUCUCAAUUUUUGAGGAAGAAGCUUUUUUGCAUCCCUUGUUCUUGUGUUUUUCUAUCAUAUUGUUUGAAGUUGAAUUAUAAUGCAUGCAUGGAAUACAAUGAGGACAUAACUUGUGAAUAAUUUGUGAAUGGCCAGAAUGAGGCAACCAUCUCUUUCACCUGGGCUCUCUACUCUGCGACUGCUCUCUCAGAGACACUUAGAGAGGAAGUAAGAACAUAUUGUUUCUAGGUUUCCUCACCCUUCCCCUUUUUCUUCAAAAUGCAGCCGUAGCAAAUGUAAGUUCUGGCUAUGUAUGCUAAGACUAUAUUAAUAUAUUUAUACAUCGUUUUCAAGAUGAUAUUUGUAUCUGUAGUAAAUAUUCAUCAGAGCUUCCACAGACUCAGAGCGGAACAGAUGCAGCAGUUGUGAGGGCGGAUAUCAACGCAACAAAGUUUUCACUGCAUGUGUCUGGAUACGAUUUGUUAUAGUUUGGCCCAAUAUGCACUACCUGUUUUUUGUAUUUUGUCAUUUUAUACUUUAAUUCCUUUAUGUAGCUUGUUUAAAGGGGGGAAAUUCAUUGCACUAACACAGCUAAUGGAGCUGCUGUGUCUACUGGUGAGCGCAACCCUAACCAUACACCCCUGGUUAAGAAGAGAGACAGAGAGUUAGAAAGAGAGGCCAGUGAGAAAGAGAAGGUCCCUAAAAGAAAUGGAUGAGUUCUAUGCUAUUAAGAUUGAUGCUGGAUACAAUUUUA